AUGAACAACAAGAAGGAGGCGCCGGAAGAUCAGAUCACCGGAUUGCGUAACGUUGCAAAGAUGAGCAAACGGAAGACGGGUAAGGAUGAUUCGACUCCGCAUGAGAACGAAGAGCUGAGCGAACGGCAAUCCAACGGGAAGCGGGACAAGAAGAAGCAGAAGAAGGCACGGAGGGAGGAGAUGGAGGCUUCGGCACAGACGGAAAAGAAGACCCACAAGAGGAAGCGCGUAGAUGAGGAAGACGAGGAAGACACAAGUGGCUACAACGAUCGCGGCCCAAAGGACAGCAUCAAGCAGGGCGCCGUCAGCAAGAAGGACUCGAAAAAGAAGAAGAAGAAGAGCAAGAAGGCCAAGAAGGCCCCGAGUAGCGAAGAUGAUGCUGAGAAAAUGAGCGAAGCGAAGGCCAAGAAGGAGGAGAAGAAGAAGGCCAGUAAGAAGGAGAAGAAGAAGAGCAAGAAGGAAAAGAAAGCGAAGAAGAGCAAAGCGACCACCGAAGAGAAGGAGAAGGCGAGCAACGGCGAUUCAGCAAAGAAGGAGAAGGAAGUAGAGGCGGGAGCGUCAUCUGCCACUUCGAAUUCGAGCAACGGCGGCAGCGAUCAGGGAGGAGCAGGAUGGAAUAAUUGGGAGGCAAGCUCGUUCGGCGACGAUGCGAGAAAGAACAAAUUCCUGCGGCUCAUGGGCGCGAAGAAGACCGAGGACAAUCCAUCGCAGCCACCGCAGAAGAAGGGCCUCUUUGGCAGCUUGCGUGCCUCCUCCGCACCGGAGCCGUCAGCGAUCGACUCAUCGACGGAGCAGAAGAUUACGCACGAUCUCACCUCGCAAUUCCAAGAUGCCCUCCAGCGGCGCAACUGCCGAGGAGGCAUCGGGCUCGAUUCGGGUACCAAGAAGUCGGACCGCAGUGCCGAGCCUCAGCCUCACCCCUAUGCGGGCGGCAAGGCCUCGACCAAGCUCCACAUCGACGAUUAUCCGAAAUCGAUUAAAUUCGACGAUUAA